AUGUCAGAAUUCGUAUGCACGUCCAUCAUGGGCGUGAAGUUCGAGCUCACGGCCCGCUAUUCAGAGCCACUCCCAGUUGAGCUAGACGCCUAUGGGCUGGUUUGUUCUGCAAAAGAUCGCAUUUUAAAUAAGUUGGUCGCGAUCAAGAAAAUCACCAGACCAUUUGGUUCUUCCACUUUGGCGAAAAACGCCCUUCGUGAAGUGAAACUUCUCAGAUAUAUGCACCAUGAAAAUAUAAUCGGUCUCGCAGAUGUCUUUAUCUCCCCCAGGGAAGAUCUAUACAUCGCGACGGACCUCAUGUGGACCAAUAUGCAAGUCCUUAUUUCAAAAGGACCUAUUCACAGCGACUUUGCGAAAUAUUUCAUAUAUCAAAUACUGCGUGGACUGAAAUACGUCCAUUCGGCCGGCAUUAUUCACCGUGAUCUAAAGCCAAGCAGCUUACUCAUUGAUGAGAAUUGCGAUCUACGAAUCUGCGAUUUCGGGCAUGCCCGAGUGCAAGACCAAAAAAUGACAGGCUAUGUCGCAACACGGUAUUACCGUGCUCCAGAGAUCAUGCUUCACUGGCAAGAAUAUUCCGAAAAAGUGGAUAUCUGGAGUACCGCAUGCAUUCUGGCAGAGAUGUUGAAAGGGACUCCUCUGUUUCCAGCUACUAGCCAUGCUGAUCAAUUUACUUUAUUCGUCAACCUACUCGGCAAUCCCACUGAGAAGAUCGUGGAGAAGAUCAAAAAUAAAAACACAAGAGCUUUCGUUCAGUCGCUCCCGCAGUGCAAGCGACUGCCAUUGACGGAAUCAUUUCCCGGCGUGGACCAAGAAGCUAUCGAUAUCCUGGAGAAAAUGCUUUCCUUUGACGUUGAUGACCGCAUCAGCGCCGAGGCUGCCCUAUCACACCCAUACGUGGCAACCUACCACGACCCUAACGAUGAACCAACGGUAGAGAACCAAUUUGAUUGGCGUUUCGACAAUGAUGAAAUAAAUACAGAGGCCUUGAAGACUGCGGUGUUCAAAGAAGUCCUGUUCUUCCGCCAGCAGGCCUUGCAUAGGAGACAGCAGAUCACCAUUCGCGAUGCAAUCUUCGAGGCUACUAAAGAUCAUGUGCCUAGAGAUCAUGUGCCUGCAAAAGACCAUGUGCCCGCACAAGUUGCAGUAUUUCCUAUUACGGAAAUCCCAGAGUUCACUCCGGCGGAACAAGAGGGAUUUUCCGAUGAUAUUUCGGCAUUUAUUCACGAUUUUAAUUAG